CUAGACGAAGAACGCUAUGAAAAUUGAAGUACGUAUAAGCUUGCCAAUAAGUUGACUGCAGAAAAGGAGUCUACUAGGUAUUGCUGAGAAUUUGAGACAUAGUUUGUUUCAUUGAGGUGCUGGAACUGCAUACAUUCUCUCACAACAAAUCAACAUACCAAUGGCAUCUUCAUCAUCAUCUCCGGCCUUUUCUUCUCAAUCAUGGAAUCAUGAUGUUUUCCUAAGUUUUAGAGGAGAAGAUACUCGCAAGACGUUUGUGGAUCAUCUCUACACAGCUCUUGUACAAAAAGGGAUAUACACUUACAAAGACGACGAGACACUUCCUCGGGGCGAAUUGAUCAAUCCAUCUCUUAUGAAGGCUAUAGAAGAGUCACAGAUUGGCGUCAUCAUAUUCUCUGAAAACUAUGCAAAUUCUUCAUGGUGCUUAGAUGAACUUGCACAUAUCAUGAAAUGCAAAGAUACGAGAGGCCAAAUAGUUAUACCCAUAUUUUAUGGCGUUGAUCCAUCUGAAGUUCGAAAACAGAAACAAAAAUAUGGAGAAGCAUUUGUUAAGCAUGAGUUGGAGAACAAAACCAAGGUUGAAUCAUGGAGAAAAGCACUUGUGGAUGCAAGUAACAUUUCUGGAUGGGAACCAAAGCACAUUGCCAACGGGCAUGAAUCAAAGGUUAUCAUAGAAAUUGUUGAAAAAAUUUCACAGAGGUUGCAGCUAGUAAGUCCAAGCGCAAAUGCCAACCUUAUUGGAAUAGCGUCUCGUGUGCAAAGUUUGAAAUCGAAGUUACAAAUCGGUUCAGGUGGUGUGCGGAUGAUUGGAAUAUGGGGGGUUGGAGGUGGUGGUAAGACUACUCUUGCAUCUUCUGUUUAUGAGGAAAUAUCUAGAAAGUUUGAUGGUUGUUGCUUUCUAGAAAAUAUCCGGGAGGAAUCAAGUAAGAAAGGGUUAGAAGAAUUGCAACAAAAAAUUCUUUAUGGUGUUUUGAGAGAGAAGAUAGUGCAGGUAGAGAGAGUUGAGGAAGGAAAACACAUGAUAAAACAUAGGUUAUGCCAUAGAAAGGUGCUGAUUGUUCUUGAUGAUGUCGAUCAGCUUGACCAAUUAAAAGCUUUAGCUGGAUCACAUGAUUGGUUCGGUGAAGGAAGCCGAAUAAUAAUCACAACAAGAGAUGUACAUGUAAUAUCAACUACUGCGCCCAGAGUAGAUGAGAUACACAAUAUUAGCUUGUUAAACGAUGAUGAGGCUAUGGAGCUCUUUUGCAAGCAUGCACCAUGUGGUCACAAACAUAAAAAAGAUUAUGAGCUGCUUUCAAAAAGUGUGGUUUCUUAUGCUGGUGGACUCCCAUUAGCACUUACAGUUCUUGGUUGUUUUCUAUGUGGAAAAGACAUUAAUGAGUGGAGGAGUGCAAUAGCCAGAUUGAAAGAGAUCCCAGAUACAAAUAUUGUGGAAAAGCUACAGAUCAGCUUUGAUGGACUUACACCGGUUGAGAAAGAGUUGUUUCUUGAUAUUGCAUGCUUCUUCAGAGGUCAGUAUAAAAAUGAAGGGAUAAUGGCAAUGCUUGAUGCUUGUGGUUUUUACCCUGUUAUAGGCAUAAAGGUGUUGUUAGAAAAGGCGCUCAUAACAAUUUCAGAUGGAAGGUUUGAUAUGCAUGAUUUGUUGCAAGAAAUGGGACGCUACAUUGUUAGAGGGGAACACCCUGAGAAUCCAGAAAAACAUAGUAGAGUUUGGAAGAAGGAAGAUGUUCUAAAAAUUUGUGCUAUGGAUGCGACGAAGGAACUUGACAUGGUUAAAGCAGUAAGAUUUGAAUGCAAUAGCUAUGAUCUAGUAGAACUUCCUUCGGUUGCAAACCUGAAAAACCUCCGGUGGAUUGAUUGGAGAGGUGAUCUUGCAAGUCCAUUUCCUACUAACUUUCCACCAAAGAACCUUUGUUGUCUGAUAUUGGAUGACAUCUCGCAGAAACGACUUUGGAGGGGUUAUAAGGUAAUUCUUAUACUCUAUCUAAAUAACAAAUUAAAACAAAGUGGAUGAAGAAUUAUCGACCUUACUUGCCUAAUUCAGAGAUGAAAUUAUAAGUAGUUAUACGGCUAUGAGCACAUAGUUAUGUCACUCGUCAUUGGUGUCAUGAAGCAAUAGCACUUUAUUUUGGUAUGUUUUUAAUUUUGGUAAGUAGGGCUUAACAUACAUAUUUUAAUCUAUGUGGCUGAGGUUGAAUAUCAAUAUUUUUAUUUUAUUUUUAAUCUUAAUCUAACCCUCCGGCGUACCGGCGCGGUAGGCCUGUUAUAACCAUAAAUGAUUAUAUAUCGCCACCCAUUCCUUUCUUCUCUGCCACCAUCCCCACCAGCACAACCGCCACCACCACUACCACCAUCUCUGACACACCCCACCACUGUUACCUCUGUCACUUAUACCGCCGCCAACUUCGUUGCAACCACCUCUUCUACCACUGCCAUAAUCAUAUAUGAUUACUCAGUCUGUGAGUCUGUGAAUAGAUAUAUAUGUAUAAUCAUUUAUGAUUAGGCAUACCCUGCUGCUGUCGGUACACUACAUCGUUAGAGGCGCAAAUGAGAAAUAUGUGGUUGAGGUUGAAUCUUAAGAUCUCUAUUUUUUUUA